AUAGUGAUUCGGUGCGCCCAAAGAAAGCAACGUUGAGAACGUUACCUCCUUCAAUAAUUUUUGCUCGGCUGCGUCCGAGCCAAAAACCAAUAGAUACUUUGAGAAAACUCUAGCUAGAGAGCUGGCUAAAUUAUUAUCGCGGAAAAUCGCCAAUAUUGUGCAAAAAACUGAACAGCAACCAACAACAUGUGAAUUAUUGAUAAACUACAGGCCUACAAAGCAGUUGAAACACUUGAGAAAAAAAAGGCAGACAGCAAAGAAAAAAACGAGCAAAAACGUGAAAAGGAAAUUUCAAUUAGUGUUUAUUGAAAUUUAUUAAGCGAGAUUUAAGGCGUUGUCAUUUUUAUGAUAGCUUUUAUGAGCCCAACAAAAGUCUAUUCAAAUCAAACGCUUGUGAUCAAAACUUAACUCUAUCAAAUUAAUUGUGAUAAUAAAUCUAGUUAGACUGAUUAAAGUAGAGAUUAGCCAACCAAGAUGACGCCCAGGCUUAUAACAUAUAUUCUGUGCGGCAUGCGCCAUCCCACAACUGGGCUGAACGAAGACGACCUGAGUCGUCUCACUGGUUCAUCAUCGUCGACGGCUUCGUGCGGCAGCGCAGCAUCCUCAUCAUCGUCCUCAUCCUCGUCGUCCUCGAAUCCCGCUGACCGGCAUGAGGUGGUCUGCAGUCCGGAAAAGCCAACGCCGACGGGCACGGAGAAGAGCCAACUGAACAGCGGCUUUAACUCCACCUACCUGCCGGAGAUCAUACAUCCGGCUCCGGAAUGGCAGAAGUCAUCGCGCAAGCGCAAGGAGCGCCUGGACAGCACCUCGGCCUUUGGCCAGGAUCGGAAGCUGCAGCGCAGCAACAGCGAGGAGCUGCUCACAGAACCGCCAGCCAUCGUGUCUUCCACGGCCCAAGCGGCGGCCGAACUUCUGGAGGCCCAGUGUGAAGUUAUUCGCCGGGUUUCUUCGGAGGAUUUCAAGCGCACGGCCAGUUACGCCAGCUAUCGGCAGGAGUUCGAAAGGGAGCAGGAGGAGUGCUCGGAGCUGGGUGAGAACAAUGCCUCGUUGGCGAACCUGCCGACAGGAGAAGCAGCCAAAGAGCGUCCUCGUCUGGAGACAAGCCCAGCUCGCCAGCCACCAAAGGAGGCUAGCGAUGACUCCGAGUGCGAGCACGAAAGGCGACGCAGCAGUGAGCGUUUCUGCAAGUCCCGCCAGCCGCCGGUGCGCAAGUCUGGGGUGGCCAAGAAGGGCGGCGGAGGCAGUGGCUCCAAGUAUCUGCCAUCCCGACGGGAUGAGCAAAGCGCCUACAAGUACGACUUGUCGGCUUUGAAGUACGAACGCAGAGGUUUCAUUAGCAGCAGGAAACAGCAGCAGAAUCAAACACAAGCAAUGCAGUCUGCUGCAGAUCACAACGACAACAACUUGAUAGACUUCCAUCAGCAGCAGAAGGAGCUGCAGUCGAAGAGGAGCGCCAGUAUUUCCCCCACACCCACCACGAGCUCCUCGGCGGGCAGCGAUGACAGCACGCCUACUUCCAAUGCGCCCGCGCCCAUUAAGGCCAAACCCCAGAGGCAGCAGCAGAGCCUGGAUCUCACCUCCGCGCAGGAGUCCCUGCCGUGGGAGCGUGGAGAUGAACCGGCACCCAUUCUGAGCAGAAGGUACGCCCACUCCCGACCACAUAUCGGUGGCAAUCUGGAUGCGGCCGCCAAACUGGCCAAGGUCAUGCCAUAUCCCCAGCAGUUUCCCAAGCAGGCAUCCACCGUGCAGCUGCACUCGGACAUCACCGACAUGGACUGCUGCCUGGAGCCCAUGGAUGCAGUGCGAGCGUUCAGUUCGCUGGAGAAUAUGCGAACCCGCGACGUUAUGCAACAAGUGUUGCCCGCCAUGAUGGGUGCAUUUCAAACGCCCGAGGAUCGAGUGAAGGCCAUCAACAGGCGCGUUACUGUGCUCAAGAAGAAACUGGUGCAGCUGGAGGAAUCCCUGGAGCAGCGACUGGGCUACCGGCCAUCGCAGGCGGAGCGAUUGAACGACAAGUACAUGAAGAACGCCCUGGCGGAGUUGAGCAAGCUGCGCAAGGAACGGCACGAGCUCAAGACUGAUCCCAUCGCAGCUCUGGGUCUGAAGGUGGGCAGCGGUGGAGGCGCCGGCAUCGGUGGCCAGGAGGUUGCCAAGAAGCUGGAGCGCAUGAAGGCCACCCUCGCUGAAAUCGAGCAGAAUCUGAACGAGAAACGCGUGAAUGGCCAUCGCUCUGAGCAGCUGGAGGAUCUGAAUGCCGACCAACUGGUGCAGGAGAAGAGCGCCGUGCAGCACGGACUGCUGUACUUUGAGAGCCUCUAUGGUCAUCCCAUUACCAAGGAGGAGCGCGAUGCUGCCCGGCCGCUCUACGAUCGCUACCGGCAGCUGAAGCGUCUGGUGUCGCGCACUGUGAUGUUUGGAGCGGGCACAGGGAUACCCGAGUUGCCCACAAUCCUGGAGCACGAGGCCAUGGUGUUCGAGGCCACUUCCACACCGCUGCAGUAUUCAUCGAACAACAGCACAGAGACCACCAACUCGCCCAGCGACUCGAAUGCCCCGAAUACUCUGACCCAGAAUGCCUCAUCCGACGAGUCGACGACCACCACCACGUUGACGGGUCCGGCAACGGGAAAUUCGGCCACAAGCCAGGAGAACCAGGCCGCCAGCGAGAAUAUCGCCGCACUGAGUGUGGACCAGCUGUGGGAGCAGCUAGAUCGAGCCCGCGAUGAGAAAUCCCUGCUAAAAUCCACCAUUCGGGAGUACGAGUCGCUGUUCGAGGAGCAGAAUGGACGCAAGAUGCUCAAGCAGGAUCGUCGCUCACUGGAGACGGAAACCUAUGCCCAGUACAAGGAGAAGAAGGCCAAGGUCCGACUACUGCAGGCCCUGAUCAAGAAGCAUAUUGGGCAUUAAGCUACGGCUACAGAUAUCCUUCUUCCAUUCAUCCACGCAUGCAAAACUAUUUAUUUCAUACCCAACCAAACAAAUACAGUCCUAGAUCUAUACAAAUUACAUGUAGUUUUUAGACUUAUAUUUACCAUAUAUUCUAUAAUGAUACAUUUUAUGAAUAUUGUUGAUUCCUUAUUGUUUUUUGAAAACAUCUAUUGAGUAAUUGUAAUAAAAGAAGAUUAAAUUUUAUGAGACAAAACGAAA